UAGCUCUUCGGGUGACCCGAUAAGACUUACUGUGGUGGGCGCACCGGACCGCCGUGCAGCCGGCUGCAGAUCUGCGCGCCUGCGGGGCGCCUUUUUAUACUACAUUAAGAGGCAGAUGUGCGUUCAGCAGCCGCUUUAUUAAGUACACUUGGCCAGCACCGGCUCAGACUGACUUUCGUCUGCCCUGGAGGGUAGAUAUACAUGCAACGGAGCCUUUCUGCACACCACUGUUAAACCGAGGUGUUGCUUCGACACCUGCGGUCUUCCUGUUUGCUGUAACUUCUGAUCUUAACAUGGUGCAUCACCGUAACGUGAACAUUUAAGGAAAGCGAGAGCGCUGGAAGCUACUCUCCAGCCUGAAGACCACGGUGGAGGGUCUGCUGUCCACCAACAACCCCAAUGUGUGGUCCCGCUACGGUGGCCUGCAGCGGCUCCACAAGGACUUCAACAACAUUCUGAGCCAUGGCCUGAAGCAGGAGCAGGUUUACAGUAAACAGAAGGAUUUCUGGCGGUUUGUGUGGUGCAUCCGUCAGGUCAGCCCCCACCUGGCUGUUCACGUCGAGCAGUUCAGCCACCUGGAGCCGGUGCUGGGCAGUGGGGCUAUGGGCGUGGGGGAGGCGCACAAGGCAGAGCGCUGGCUGCUGCACAGCCUGCAGGUCCACUGUCUGUCCGGCCAGCUGCGGCCGCUGCUGAAAUGCACCGCCAACACGCGCAAGUUCUACAAUGAUGAGGCCUUCCUAUUGAGCGAGCCUCAUGUGGGAGCCAUGUUCCAGUGUCUGGAGGCCGUGGAGCAGAAUGACCCCCGGCUGCUGGCCCUUGUGGACACGGGCAUGUUGUCGUCCCUAAGGGAGCCGCUGCCCGGCCUGCCAAAGAGCCACAGCCUCUGCAUGUUGCCUUUGGCCGGUGGGGGGGGCCUGGGGGGGCUACCGCCACGGUGCCUCACUGUCUCCCAGUCGUCCCUGCAGGACGGCCACACAGGGUCCCUCCUGUCAGAUGGUUCCUCUGGGGCACCCUGGGCUUGCAGAUCUGGCCAGCAAGGACCGCCUGACUCGACCAGCUCCCCGCCAGAGCCCCAGAUCUCUGUGACGGAGGCUAGCCCAACUCAGCCCGGAGACGUUGGGGACUCUGCGGACGGCGAUCUGGACGACGGGCCCGAGUACCUGGCAAUAGGGAACCUCGGCCGGCGGAGGUGGCGGCGCGACUCUGCAGGCUCCGCCUCGGGCGUGACGGGGGAGGGGCCUGCGAUUCGGUCUACCUCGACCACCCUGGCCCCACCACCGGUCCGCUGUUCCUCCUUCACGGAGGGCCUGGGGACGUCCGUCCGCAGCAGCCGGGGACACAGUCGGUCCCUUUCCGACACCGGGGUGGCCCUGAAGCACGGUCAAGGAGGGAGACACAGGAACAUCACCGUUAUAGUAGAGGACCCUAUAGCAGAGUCGUCGUCGUCGUCCUCAAAUGGCCGUGCGGCGAAAGACCACGGCUCCUUCUCGGCCUCGAGCGGCGAGACCGGCACCCUCGGCUCGCUCUACAUGGAGUCGGAGGGCUCCCAGCACAGCGGCACUUCGGAGAGUAUGUUCCGGCGGCCCUCCAAGGGUCAGAGCCUCAUCAGCUACCUCUCAGAGCAGGACUUCGGCAGCUGUGCCGAUCUUGAAAAGGAGAAUGCCCAUUUCAGCAUAUCGGAGUCACUGAUCGCCGCCAUCGAGUUGAUGAAAUGUAACCUGCGGCGCCGGCCACGGGCGGGGGAGGAGGAUGAGGAGGAGGAGGAGGGCGACAGUGACUGCGAGAUUCAGCAGCUGAAGCAGAAGAUCCGUCUGCGCAGGCAGCAGAUCCGCAGCAAGCGUGAUGUGCGGUCGCAGAGAGCCUUCACCUCCACGGGCAGUGCCUCGGGUCGCAGCUCCCAGAAUUCCGUGCACCUCUCUGACUCCGCCUCCAGCGAGGACAUCGAGGAGUGCGAGCUGAAAGAUGACAGCGAGGGCGGAUCCCUGCUGGUGGUGUCCCGGAACGGGCUUUCUCUAUCACUCGCCUCUCUAUUCUCAGACGCCGACAUCAGGCGGGGUGCGGCCUGCACCACCAGCAGCGGCAGAUCGUUCCUCAGCUCUGAGUCCAUUUCGCCCUCCCUCUUGCAGUCCAACUCGGCCGAGUCGGUGGCCAUGGGUUUGCUGCGUCAGUUCGAGGGGAUGCAGCUACCAGCCGCCUCCGAAUUCGAAUGGCUGGUUCCGGAGCAUGAUGCCCCUCAGAAGCUACUGCCCCUCCCCAAAUCCCUGCCCAUCUCUCCCGACGACGGGGAACACGCUGACAUCUACAAGCUGCGGAUCCGGGUGCGAGGGAACCUGGAGUGGGCUCCUCCUCGGCCUCAAAUCAUCUUCAACAUCCACGCUGCGCCUAAGAGGAAGGUGGUUGUGGCCAAGCAGAACUACCGGUGCGCCGGCUGUGGGAUCCGCAUUGACCCAGAUUUCAUUAAGAGGCUGCGCUACUGCGAGUACCUGGGCCGCUACUUCUGCCAGUGUUGCCACGACAACGCCCAAGCCGUGGUGCCCGGCCGGGUGCUGAAGAAGUGGGACUUCAGCAAAUACCCCGUCAGCAACUUCGCCAGGGACCUGCUGGGCAAGAUCGCCAGCGACCCGCUCUUCAACCCCAACGACGUCAAUGGCGGCCUCUACAAGAAGGUCAAGGCACUGGAAAGCGUGCGGCUCCUGAGGCUGCAGCUGUCCCACAUGAAGGUUCUUCUGAAGACAUGCCGCUUCGCCACAAAGCUACUGGAUCAGUUUGACGCCAUCCCCUGCCACCUGACCGAGGACCUGCACCUCUUCUCUCUCAACGACCUCAAGGCCGUCCGCAAAGGCGAGCUGGGCCCACGGCUGCAGGAGCUGCUCCGCCAGGGCACGGCGCACGUGGCGGACUGUGUGCUCUGCCAGGCUAAGGGCUUCGUCUGCGAGUUCUGUGGCAAUGACCAGGACAUCAUCUUCCCCUUCGAGCUCAGCAAGUGCAGAGCAUGUGAAGAGUGCCACGCCUGCUACCACCGGGGCUGCUUCCGGGCCGGCCUGGGGUGCCCCCGGUGCCGGCGAUUCGCGGAGAGGAGGGAGAAGCUGGCCAGGCGGAACAUGGAGGAUCAGGAGGAUGAGGGCGGGGGAUAGGAGGCGUGAGGAGAGGAGGCGCGCAGAAGUGGACUCGUAGCCAUGCCGUGGGACGGCUCUCCACCCCCAGCCCUUUAACACCACCCUUUAUCUUUCCAAACGGACACUCAGAAAUACACCCACUAGCUGCAACAAGUUUGUUUUUGUCCGAUUUGUCUCGGCUUCUGGGGCCUUUCUCUGCCUGUGGUAGAAAUUACACAUCAAGAGGAACCUGAUCAAUAUUUUAGUAUUCCUGAAUUUUAAGAAAUAUAUAUAUUUAGAUGCAGCUCAUUCAGAUUCUAUAUAUUUGUGUGUAGAAAUGCUUUACCAGCCUGAUAGUGUGAGGUUUGCUCUCACUGAAGGUUAUUGAUGUGCUGAAUGACCUUGAAGCCCCUGAUGAUGGGUGGGGGAGGCGGUUAUUGUAGGUUGACUUUUUGACUUCAGCCUUUUCUGCUUAGGUCAGUCACCGGCACUGGGUUUUGAGGACCGAGUCCUCCCACCAGUAGAGGGAGCCUCUUCCCUUAUGCUGAGCUGAGUUAGCUUUGAAGAGGUCCAACGUAGAGGGGAGGAAGGUGAUGGGAUGGUUGACAGACUGGGAGUAAAACGCUGCAGGGCAGGAGGGAGGUGCAAGAAAGCAAGAAUCCAAACAUAAAUGUGUUCUUUGGCCGUUAGGGGUUGUGUGCACUUUUAUUUUUGUCUGUCUUUUGGCUUUAGUAUGUUAUUUAUUUUGCAUCAGUUCAAGAAGGCACUCCUAAGUUGGGGACGGGUUGGGGUUGCAGAGGACAAGGAUGGCCCAUUGGCUGCAGAUGAUUUGUCCUGGGGGGGGGGGGGAUGUUGGAGGAUUCCUCCCCCCUUACGUUAUCUCAUUUUGUCUCAUCACGGUUCUUUCUAUUGCAUUCCCGGCAUUUACUUUUCGUUCCUCUGCAUUUAAACUGGUGCUGCAGCUAUAGUCCUAGAAGUUAUGAAGGUUUGUUCAGACAAAAGUGGAAGACGUUGCUGGCAACGAACGAAUGAACCAGCGAAUAAACAAACGAAUACAUGUACAAGCUCCCAUUAUGAAACAAGUACUGUGCAAGUCUCAAGCAGAUCUGUCCCAUUAUAGCAGUGUUUUCCAAUCUGGUCCUUGAGGGACACAGCCGGUCCACAUUUUUGCUGAGAGCUGGGUGGGAGCAGAAAUGUGGACCGGCUGUGUCCUUCGAGGACCAGAUUGGGAAACACGGCUUUAUAGCCAGCUCAGGUCACAGAAUUAAAAUGUUUAUUUUUUUUUUGUGGAAUUGCUUAUAAAAGAAAAUCUGAGAUGAGAGGGAAUGAAAGCCGUUAAUGUCCCAAAAUAUAGCUGAUGGCUGAAUUUAUCGUUGAUUAUUCAUGUUGGACUGUGAAAAUGAAGGAGGGAAGUGAGAUGUGGGUACAGCUGGUAGGUUGCGGUGCUCGCUUGUCAGAAGUAGCUGGCUGUGUGCGACCCCCCCCUCCCCCCUUUGGUCGGUCUCAUGCCCCCCUUGUACCCUCUACCUCACCUGAGCUACAUAUGUAUGGAGAUGCAAGUGCACCAUUGGCAAACCGUCCUGAAUGUUUCUGUAACUUAAAUUGUGAAAAGAUUAUGUUAUUAUUAUUAUUAUUAUUAUUAUUAUUAUUAUUAUUAUUAUUAGCAAUAAAUGAUUCCUCUGUU